AUGAUCCUGACCCAGCCUUGUGAAGGUCUCCUGGUAGGAACAACUUCUGUCCUUCAUGCAAACAAUGCUGAGGGCGGGCAGCUGGUGGACGCCUCCUAUGACGGAACAGAGAAGAGCAUCAAGCAGGAGCAUCCUGGAGACUCUGUCCGACCCAUUGACCACAAGCAGCCAGUGGUCUUGGAAUUAUCACAGGAGGAGCAGCUGGAGCAGGGACCCAACUCUGUGAGAGUCGCUGGGGACAUGAUGACAAGCCCGGCAAGGUCACUGUCCCCAGCCAAUGAGUGUGCAGAUCAAAACCAGGAUGAAAAGCAGGACCAGGAUCAGGAUGGGGAUGAGCAGUGUAGUGACCAGUAUCAGACUAUCACAGGGAGAUGCAACAACAGGAGGAGACCCUGGCUUGGGUCCUCCAAUCAGGCCCUGGCCCGCUGGCUGCCGGCUGUGUAUGAGGACGGGAGGGGCCUCCCCUUGGGCUGGACACCAGGAAAGAAGCACAAUGGCUUUGCCCUUCCUCUGGUGCGCGAUGUCUCCAACGUGAUCACAGGCUUCCCUACUGCUAAGCUGACCUCUGACCUGGGCCGGACGCUCAUGGUCCCCCAGUGGGGACAGUUCAUUAUCCAAGACUUGGUCUUCUCCCCUGAGUUUUUGGGCGACAAUGACUUUCACAUGUCGGACUCUUCAGAGAGGGACUCCACCGGAAUAGAUGCCGACUGCCACACAACCUGUGCCCGGAAACCACCCUGCUUUCCUAUUGAGGUGCCUCCAUCUGACCCACGCUCCAAGAGCAUCGGGGACUGCCUGCCCUUCUUCCGCUCAACAUCUGCACCCUCCAAUAACAGGAGCCAUGUGCGUGAGCAGUUGAACGUGCCCACCUCCUUCCUAGAUGCCAGCAUGUUGUAUGGCAGCUACAACUUCAUGGCCCAGCGGCUGCGCAAUCUCACAGAUCCAAGUGGGCUGCUGGCCAUCAACCAAGUAUUCCGUGAUCAGGGCCGGGCACUCCUGCCCUUUGACAAUGUGUUCCCUGACCCCUGCCAACUCACCAACCGCUCUGCCAACAUCCCCUGCUUCCUGGCAGGUGAUUCCCGAGCCAGCGAAACUCUGGAGAUGAUGGCUUUGCACACCCUAUUUCUACGAGAGCACAACCGGCUGGUGAUGGAGCUGAAGCGUCUGAACCCCCACUGGUUUGGGGAGCAGCUGUACCAGGAGGCUCGCAAGAUCGUGGGCGCUAUGAUCCAGAUCAUCACCUAUCGUGACUUCCUGCGGAUACUUCUGGGUCCGGUCCACUAUGCUCGUUAUUUGGGAUCAUACCAGGGCUACUGCUACAAAGAGGACCCACGAGUGGCCAACGUUUUCACCAUGGUCUCCCGCUUCAGCCACACCAUGAUGCAGCCCUUUGUGCCACGCUUGGACAGCCAGUACCGUGCCUCCAGUCCCACCUCGCAGGUGGCCCUGAGCAAUGCUUUCUUUGCCACUUGGCGUGUGGUGCAUGAAGGUGGCAUUGACCCUAUCCUCAGAGGCCUCAUAGCCACACCUGCUAAGAGGAACCAGCAGAAUGCCAUGGUAGUUGAUGAGCUCCGGGAGCGGCUGUUUGAGAGAGUGAGCAGGGUUGGGCAGGACUUGGUAGCCAUCAACUUGCAGCAAGGCCGGGACCACGGCAUCCCAGGUUACAAUGCAUGGAGGGGCUACUGUGGCCUUUCCCAGCCCAAGACCCUGGCUGAGCUCAGCGUGGUGCUGAAAAACCCAAACUUGGCAAGAAAGUUCAUGAAGCUCUAUGGGACACCUGACAACAUUGACCUGUGGAUCGGUGCCAUUGCUGAGCCCUUUGUUAAAGGGGGUCGUGUGGGACCCCUCCUGGCUUGUCUGUUGGGGAAACAGUUCCGCAAAAUCCGCAGUGGAGACAGAUUCUGGUGGGAGAAGCCAGGCAUCUUCACAGAGAGGCAGCGGGAAGAACUGCACAGAAUUUCCUUGUCAGCAAUCAUUUGCGACAAUACCGGCAUUGCCACCGGUGUCCAGAGAUGUUUCAGAAACGCCAAACACCCGGAGCAAUUUGUGAGCUGCAGAGACAUCCCCAGGAUGAACUUGUCCUACUGGCAAGGCCAAUGA